GUAAUGUCUGGUCGAGGCAAGGGCGGGAAAGGCCUGGGCAAAGGCGGCGCCAAGCGCCACCGCAAGGUCCUGCGCGACAACAUCCAGGGCAUCACUAAGCCCGCCAUCCGCCGCCUGGCCCGGCGUGGAGGAGUCAAGCGCAUCUCUGGCCUCAUCUACGAGGAGACCCGCGGGGUGCUGAAGGUGUUCCUGGAGAACGUGAUCCGCGACGCGGUCACCUACACGGAGCACGCCAAGCGCAAGACCGUCACGGCCAUGGACGUGGUCUACGCGCUCAAGCGCCAGGGCCGCACCCUCUAUGGCUUCGGCGGCUGAUUUGCCAGAGG